ACCAAUAGCAGAGCAGCAAGUCUGGACCAGGAGGACAAACACGUUGUGGAAGAAUCUUAUUGAUUCGGCUUUCAACUUUCUGUAGACAUCCUGGAGAAGAGAAUUUGGUCAGCUAUUAAAUUCAGAGCCUCAUAAUAGUUUGGAGGUUUUUGGGUGAUCAUUUGCCGCGAUUCCCUUUUUGUGUUUGGAAGUUAAUAGAGGGCUGCUGCAAUGUGGAUUCAGGUGCGCACCAUGGACGGCAAGGAGACCCACAGGGUGGACUCCCUGUCCAAGCUCACCAAGGUGGACGACCUGCGGCUCAAGAUCAUGGAACUUUUCAAGGUGGAGCCGGAGAGGCAAAGGCUCUUUUACCGGGGCAAGCAGAUGGAGGAUGGACACACCAUCUUUGACUACAACGUGGGCCUUAACGACAUCGUCCAGCUGCUGGUCCGGCAGACCGCUCCCCCUGCGCCGGUCCCCAAGGAGAAGGAGGCGGAGCUCUCUGACUCCGACUCUGGCUGUGGCUCCGCCCAGAGCGAGUCUGACAAGUGCUCGACGCACGGCGAGGGGGACGGACAGGCCGCAGGAAGCUCCACCCAGACAGACGCCCUGGACCUGGUCGACCCAGGCUUCGGCUUCUACAAGAUAAAUGAAUUUGUGGACGCCAGAGAUCUGAACAUGGGAGCCUGGUUUGAGGCGAAGGUCGUCAACGUCACCAAGACGACCAAGAGCUCAGCCGAGGGAGACGAACAGACUGAGGCGGCGGAGGAGGAGAUCCGCUACCAUGUCACAUACGAGGACUACCCAGACUACGGGGUGGUGGAGAUGGCGGGUAAGGACGUGCGGCCGCGGGCACGGACGGUCUACCAGUGGCACCAGCUGGAGGAGGGAAUGGUGGUGAUGCUCAACUACAACCCUGACGAGCCCAAGGACCGCGGCUACUGGUACGACGCACAGAUCCAGAGGAAGAAGGAGACACGCACACAGAGGGAGAUCUACGCCAAGAUACUGCUCGGGGAAGCUGGGGACUCUCUGAACGACUGCCGCAUCAUGUUUGUGACGGAAAUCUACAAGAUCGAGGAAGCGGGCAGCAAGGGUGGAGCAGAACCGGGAUCUGAGAGCCCGCUCAAGAGGUCCAACGGGCCAGAGUGUAAGCACUGUAAGGAUAACCCCAGCAAGAACUGCCGCUGGUGUAACUGCCACGUGUGCGGCGUGAAGCAGGACCCGGACAAGCAGCUGCUGUGUGACGAGUGUGACAUGGCGUUCCACACGUACUGCCUCAACCCUCCGCUGGAGAGCAUCCCUGAAGACGAGGACUGGUACUGCCCAGACUGCAGGAACGAUGUAAAUGAGGUGGUGUUGGCGGGAGAGAAACUGAAAGAGAGCAAGAAGAAGUCCAAGAUGGCGUCCGCUAACUCCUCCAGCCAGAGGGACUGGGGCAAGGGCAUGGCGUGUGUGGGGCGCACCAAGCAGUGUACCAUCGUACCCUCCAACCACUACGGGCGAGUGCCAGGGGUGCCCGUCGGAACCCAGUGGAAGUUCCGUGUGCAGGUCAGCGAGUCAGGCGUGCACAGACCCCAUGUGGCCGGGAUCCACGGGAGGAGCAACGACGGCGCCUACUCUCUGGUGCUCGCCGGCGGCUACGAGGACGACAAGGAUGAUGGAAAUGAGUUUACGUACACAGGCUCUGGGGGGCGGGAUCUGUCUGGGAAUAAGAGAACAGCUGAGCAGUCAUGUGACCAGAAACUGACCAAUAUGAACAGGGCGUUGGCGCUGAACUGUAACGCUCCGGUGAAUGAGAAGAACGGUGCGGAGGCGAAGGACUGGAAGGCGGGCAAACCGGUGCGAGUGGUGCGCAGCUGCAAGGGCCGCAAGCACAGCAAGUUCAGCCCCGAAGACGGCAACCGCUACGACGGCAUCUACAAGGUGCAGAAGUACUGGCCGGAGAAGGGCAAGUCGGGCUUCCUGGUGUGGCGCUACCUGCUGAAGCGCGACGACGAUGAGCCCGCCCCCUGGACCAGAGAUGGGAAGGAGCGCGUCAAGAAGCUCGGCCUCACCAUGCAGUACCCUGAUGGCUACCUGGAGGCGGUUGCAGCCAAGGAGAAGGAAAAGGAGAAUAAGGCCAUGGAGCUGGAGGAGGAGCCAGAGACGCCCAGCAAGGGCAAGAGGAAGAGGAAGUCCCAGAAGAUGGAUGCAGAGGAGAAGUCGUCCCCAACGAAGAGCCCGUCUAAGAAGAUGAAGGUGGAGGCGUACAAGCUUAGCCGCGAACAGAAGGCGCUCAUCAAGGAGGACGAGCUCAACAAGAAGCUCUGGGACGAGGCCAUGCAGUCCCUCAGUCUGGGGCCGAAAUUCCUGAAUAAGGUGGAGGAGGUGUUCCUGUGCAUCUGCUGCCAGGAAGUGGUCUUCCAGCCAGUCACCACAGAGUGCCAACAUAAUGUCUGCAGGGAAUGCCUCCAGAGGUCCUUUAAGGCCGAAGUGUACACGUGCCCAGCGUGCCGACACGACCUGGGCAAGAACCACCAGAUGAGCGUCAACAAGUCCCUCCAGGCCGUUCUCACCCAGCUGUUCCCCGGGUACAGCAGUGGCCGAUGAUGCCCGCCCCGCCACACCGGCACCGCAACACGAACUCUGAGGGCGACCGCAGAUCUCAGUCACUCAUCGCAACGCCACCUCUGUUCCUCUGAUGUAUUUAAAAUGUAAUGACUUUUAAAUCUGGGAGCAGGAGCCAAUGAAAUGCAAUCAGUUUGUGUCUCCGCUGCCUUCAUUUAGCCAGUCAUGUUCAGUAGAGGCCUACACACACACACACACACACACACACACACACACCUCUCUCGCACUGCCUUCAUUUAGCCAGUCAUGUUCAGUAGAGUCCGACAGCCACAGGGUGAAGCGCUAGCUCUCAUGCCUGGAACAUACCCCCCUACACACACACACACACACACACACACACACACAC